ACUUCUAACAUGUAAAUUGCAUAUAAUAGAGAAAACCGAUUUAACCCACUUCUCAAGCUGCUUCUAACAUGGUGAGUUUGGUGGCCAUUUGAUUUAGGCUUUUAAAGAGUUAUAUUAUUUGUUACAAAAAAGGAAUAUAAAUGGUUGUGGUAUUAACUGGUUGUUUAGUUCACCAACCAACACCAUGAACCUAUUCCUACUAAAACUAGGAUUCAAAAUAAAGUCAAAUAGUUUCACUUGGGUUGUCUCAUGGAAAGUUGGUUGAUUUUAAUGCCUUAGGUGAUAAACCAUAAAUUCUACUUUUGUAGUAUAUCAAAUACCUGAUACUGUCUAUCAAGAAAUCAUCUUAACUAGUGUUUAUUAUUGGCAGUGUUACUGGUACAAGUUUGAGGUGGGUCUCACUCAUUGUCACGCAUGACAGUGGUGUGGUGGCUACGUUGAGAGAAACUGAUAAUAUUUUGUAAACCAAAGCACCUAGGCCACCAUUAGUUUCAUUACUAAUUGAUAGUGCUUGUAUCGUUAAUAAAUCAUAUUAAUAUCAGGGAUUAUAUAAUAGAAGCUUAAUUGCUUUUUGUAUUGUGGCCAGAUAGUGACAGUAUUUGUAAAUAAAUAAAUCAGCAUGCAUUGUUCAUCGAUGGCUUUAACUUGUAGUCAAAUUUGUCUGCCAUAUGUUUCCUCUCUUUUAUGGCGCCAUUGAAAAUUGAAUCAAAAAUAAAGAAGAAGAAUCCGACAGCAUACUCACCAUUUGUCAUUUUAAAACCAAGAUUUGUCAACUCCUACAAGUUAUUCAUACACUCUCUGUCUUUGUAUCUGAACUCCCAACUUCUAUUUUUCCGUCAUUUAAAACCAGUAGGUCCACGCUACAGCAAAAACGUCAAGCCGUCACACAAAUCCUAGACCAUUUAACCGAAUGUCACCGACACUUUCGAUCUUGUUCAACUUUUAUAGAAAAACAAUAUACAUAGGUUUGAUAAACAGAAAAAAGAAACUAAAUAUUUCACAUGGGCUAUUUAUUUCUCUAGCACAAAUUAGCUAUAUGGCGGAGAAUAUAAUUUGAGUCAAAUACAAUCUGAACUAAUUACAAGCAAAGGUGAUGUAUCUCUCUUUUAUUAUUUUGUUGACUAAAAUGGCCACAACCAGCUCCACAGAUAUUUCAACCGUCGAGUCCGUUGAUGUUAAAAGGCGUUGGUUACGGCACCAAUCUCUAAUCCAUUCAUCUCCCAAAAAAUUGUUAAAUCAAUAAAUUUCGACACGAGAAAGAUUUAAAGAUAAAACAAAACUUGACUUGCAGUUGCAAGAAGAAGAUAAAGAGUAAUACUAAAAGUGUAGAAAUGCCUAGGUGGAGUUGUAUAAAUAUAGCAGAGAGAUUCUUAUCCAUCUUCUCCACUACUCACCAAAGCUGACUCUUCUUCUAUCUUCCUCAUUCUUCCAACAAUAACUAUUCUCUCUUCAUCAAAAAAAAAAAAGAUUCUCAUUAUAUUUUUCUACUGUGUUGUGUUCUUUCUUAUUUUUUCUGGGAAUUUUUUUAAAUGGAACUUUGAGUUUAACUUGACUUAAAGGCUUGUUCUCUUAUUGAAAGAGAAUCACAGAAGAAUAAAAAAAUUGUAGCUAUGGCUGUUGAAGAAGGUAAACUUGUAACAGAAACAGAGACAAAUAGAGAAAGCAAAGAGCAUCAAGAAGAGAUAGAGCUUCACAGGAACGACUUAGGCCUCGAGGAUUCAUCAUCAUCCUCAUCAUCAUCGCCAAGAGGUGUACUCGGAAUCACAGCUAUGGCUUCAGAUACAGACAAUAAUAACAGCAGUUCUUACAGUAGUUGCAGCUCUUUCUCCUCUGACGAUAAAUCAUCAUCAACAUCGACGUCUCCAGUUUCAAACAUUCCAAAUAAAAACGUUUCGUCUUCCUCACAUAGUCUCCAAUGGACCAAAAUGAUUGAAUCCAUCAAGAAGAAGUCCAUCAGACGCUUCACAGUGAUUCCUUUCCUCGCAAGUUACCAACUCACACGUAAAAACUUGCGUCGCAAGCAACCUAUUCUCUCCCCCUCUGAGAAUAGCUUCUUCAUGGCCAAACCCUCUUGGCGAAACUUCACCUACGAAGAGCUCGCUGCAGCUACUGAAGAUUUCAAUCCUGAGAACAUGAUUGGUAAAGGAGGACAUGCGGAGGUUUACAAAGGAGUUUUGCCUGACGGAGAGACAAUAGCUAUCAAGAAGGUGAUGAGUCACAACAAGAAAGAAGAAGAAAGAGUGAGUGACUUCCUUUCAGAGCUAGGUAUCAUCGCACAUGUAAACCACACAAACGCAGCUAAGCUUCUCGGUUUCAGUAUUGAUCGUGGUUUGCAUUUUGUGCUUGAGUACUCUCCCCAUGGCAGCCUCGCUACUAUGCUCUUUGGAACAAAGAAGUGUCUGGAGUGGAAAAUAAGGUAUAAAGUGGCUUUAGGUAUAGCUGAUGGUCUGAGUUAUCUUCACAAUGAUUGCCCUAGAAGGAUCAUUCACCGUGACAUCAAAGCGUCUAAUAUACUUCUCAGCCGAGACUAUGAUGCUCAGAUUUCAGAUUUUGGACUUGCAAAGUGGCUUCCAGAGAACUGGUCUCAUCAUGUUGUAUCCCCCAUUGAAGGAACAUUCGGGUACAUGGCUCCAGAAUACUUCAUACACGGCAUUGUUGAUGAGAAGAUCGAUGUGUUUGCCUUUGGUGUAUUGCUUCUAGAGAUUAUAACCGGUCGUAGAGCGGUUGAUACAGCAAGCAGGCAGAGCAUCGUUGCAUGGGUAAUAUUAAUAUCGAAUAAAUUUAACAUUCAUUAAAAAAAAAAAAGCAUCUGAAAUUAAAAAGUGCAACUGGAGAUCUUUGUUAAACUUAAAAAAAAAAAAUUGGUGAUGCAGGCAAAACCUUUUCUAGAAAAGAACAGUGUCGAGGACAUUGUGGAUUCUCGGCUAGGAAACGAGUUUGAUCCAACAGAGGUGAAACGAGUGAUGCUAACAGCUUCAAUGUGUAUACAUCAUAUAGCCACAAUGCGACCUGACAUGACCAUGGUAUGAUAUCUAAACCAAACCUUGAGCCGAACCUGAUCUUUGUUUGAGCUUGUGUACUAUAGGUGUUUUAAUCCGAAUUCUUGUGCAGUUGGUGCAGCUGUUGCAUGGAGAAGACGGACCAGCUGAGCUGCAGCAGAAGCCAGGUGAAAGAGCUGAGGUGAGUGUGAAUGCAUGCGAUGUACAGGAUCACACAUCCUCCUCAUACCUCAACGAACUCACUCGCCAUAGGCAACUACUGAUGGAGUAAGUAGAAGCAACCAAAGCAACUUAGUCCUUGAUAACAAAUGUAUUUUAUAUUCUCCAUUGGUUGCUUCUUUUAUUUCCCCAACGAAACUGUAAAUAUCAUCAACAUGUGUCACUAUGUUGUUCCACUGAACUUUGUUUAGUCUCAACUUCAUUAGAGUUGUCUAUAUUAAUACAAAGUCCAUUGUUUGUUAGUCA